GGCUGGACCCCCGGGGGGGUCCCCGCCCCUUUGGGCUCAGCCGCGCGGAGGUGAAACCUGAACCCAGGUUGGGGGCGGGGCUGGCUCCUGCUCGGACGGGGCUGGCCUGCGCCUCCACCCCUGGCCCUGCACCCCGGCCGGCUUCUGGAAGCGGAUCGUCGGCGUCCCCGAGCCGCUGGAGCAGGGACAGCGAUGGAGCCCCCGGCCCGGGGUCGCGCCCCGCCCUGAGCCCCCGCCCGCGGCCAUGCUGCCCCGAGGGCGCGCCCGGGCGCUGGGGGCCGCCGCGCUGCUGCUGCUGCUGCUGCUGCUGCUGCUCCUGGUCGGAUUCUUCCAGUUUGGCAGAGACGGGAAGUGCGAGUGCGGCGGCCCAGGCGGCGCGCGGAGGGACCCGGGCUCCGUCCCCUGCACGCCGACGCCGUGUGUCUCCCCGGGCGGGCGGCCGCGGGGCGCCGCUGCCGUCGACGGGGACCGGCCUGCGCACCGCGGGGGGCACAGCCGCCCCGACUGCGUCCCGCCGCGGCCGCCGCUGCCCAAGUGCGAGCUCUUGCACGUGGCCGUCGUGUGUGCGGGACAUAACUCCAGCCGAGACCUCGUCACCCUGGUGAAAUCUGUGCUCUUCUACAGGAAAAAUCCACUGCACUUCCAUCUGGUGACUGAUGCCACGGCCAGGAACAUUCUGGAGAUGCUCUUCCACACGUGGAUGGUGCCCGCAGUCCGGGUCAGCUUCUAUGACGCGGAGGAGCUCAAGCCCCAGAUUUCCUGGAUUCCCAACAAGCACUACUCUGGCCUGUACGGGCUAAUGAAGCUAGUGCUGCCUGGUGUCCUGCCCCCUGACCUGGCCCGUGUCAUUGUCCUGGACACCGACGUCACCUUCGCCUCUGAUAUUGCAGAGCUCUGGGCACUCUUUGCUCACUUUUCUGACGAGCAGGUGAUCGGUCUUGUGGAGAACCAGAGCGACUGGUACCUGGGCAACCUCUGGAGGAACCACAGGCCCUGGCCUGCCUUGGGCCGGGGAUUUAACACAGGUGUGAUCCUCCUGUGGCUGGACCGGCUCCGGCAGGCUGGCUGGGAGCAGAUGUGGAAGCUGACAGCCGGGCAGGAGCUCCUCACCCUGCCCUCCACCUCGCUGGCGGACCAGGAUAUCUUCAAUGCCGUUAUCAAGGAGCACCCGGGGUUGGUGCAGCCCCUGCCCUGCGUCUGGAACGUUCAGCUGUCAGACCACACGCUGGCUGAGCGCUGCUACUCGGAGGCAGCUGAUCUCAAGGUGAUCCACUGGAACUCACCAAAGAAGCUGCGCGUGAAGAACAAGCACGUGGCCUACUUCCGCAACCUCUACCUGACUUUCCUGGAAUAUGAUGGGAACCUGCUGCGGAGGGAGCUCUUCGGGUGCCCCAGCCCGCCGCUGUCUGGGGCCAAGCAGUUGCAGCAGGCCCUGGCACACCUGGACGAGGAAGAUGCCUGCUUCGAGUUCCGGCAGCAGCAGCUCAUGGUACACCGUGUGCACGUCACCUUCCUGCCCCACGUGCCGCCGCCCACCCGGCCUCACGACGUCACCCUGGUGGCCCAGCUCUCUAUGGACCGGCUGCAGAUGCUAGAAGCCCUGUGCAGGCACUGGCCGGGCCCCAUGAGCCUGGCCUUAUACCUCACAGACGCAGAGGCCCAGCAGUUCCUGCGGUUCGUCGAGGCCUCGGCAGUGCUCUCUGCCCGGCAGGACGUGGCCUACCACGUGGUGUACCGUGAGGGCCCCCUCUACCCCGUCAACCAGCUGCGAAAUGUGGCCUUGGCCCAGGCCCUCACGCCUUACGUCUUCCUCAGCGACAUCGACUUCCUGCCUGCCUUCUCGCUCUACGACUACCUCAGGGCCUCCAUCGAGCAGCUGCAGCUGGGCAGCGAGCAGAAAGCGGCUCUGGUGGUGCCAGCGUUCGAGACCCUCCACUACCGCUUCAGCUUCCCCAGUUCCAAGGCCGAACUGCUGGCCCUGCUGGACUCUGGCGCUCUCUAUACCUUCAGGUUCCACGAGUGGCCCCGGGGUCACGCGGCCACAGACUAUGUCCGCUGGCGGGAGGCUCGGACCCCAUACCGUGUGCAGUGGGCAGCUGACUACGAGCCCUACGUGGUGGUGCCUCGUGAUUGUCCCCGCUAUGACCCCCGAUUCGUGGGCUUCGGCUGGAACAAGGUGGCCCACAUCGUGGAGCUGGAUGCACAGGAAUACGAGCUCCUGGUGCUGCCAGACGCCUUCACCAUCCACCUGCCACAUGCCCCAAGCCUUGACAUAUCUCGCUUCCGCUCCAGCCCCACCUACCGUGACUGCCUCCAGGCCCUCAAGGAUGAGUUCCACCAGGACUUGUCCCGUCGCUACGGGGCUGCUGCCCUCAAAUACCUCACUGCCCUGCAGCAGCCCCGAGGCGCCUGAACUCCGGAGACUGGGCCUGUAUGGCUCACCCCUACCCUCCACUUUGGCUCUCACACACUCCUGAGGACACUGAAGCAACCCUGCCACCCUAACCCCCCUCCCUACUAUCUAAAUUAUUUAAGGUCUCAGUGGAAAGGGCUUCAGUUGGAGCACCUGUGUGGUGGGGCCUGGGGGCCUCCCCUUGCUGCUAUCUAUGGCUGGGGUCUAGGCUCCCUCUGCUAUUGUUUUGGAGCUGGUUCCUCCCAUCUUCCUCUGUACAUCUCUUUUUCAUAAUCAAAGUUCUUCAAGCUCCUUUUCGUGUUCCGUCUGGUUUGGGGCAUGAGGGUGUGGGUCAGCGGGGAAGGUGCUCAGUCUCCCAGGAGCUUCAGGAGGGCCCUGGACCCUCCCCUGGAGGCCCGAACCAGAGUGUAUCUUGCCCACCCUCCCCUGCCCCAAACCCGACACCAUGAGGCUGAGAGACUUUAUUUGGCUUUAUUUAGUAAAAUGUUAAAAUAAAUAAAUACAAAUUGAUCAGCU